AUGGUGCUUAAGGACAACAUGGGUACUUCAACAUAUGCUUCGGCUGAAGAAGUUGAGAAGCUCAGAGCACUGGUUGACAAUUUUAUUCACAAGCAAGAGGAUCAGAACAAGACAUUGGAGUCCUCCCUGGAUAAAAUCUUGUCAAGUUUAAGCAUGCUGACAACUGAGGGAGACCCUUCCUGCACAGAAGAUAAAGGAUCUAAUUACAAAGGUAAAAAUGCUUCUCCAUCCCCUCAAAUGGUGGCUAGCAAAUCUGUUCACAUGGGCAACAAUUUUAUGACAAGUCAGCAGCACUUUUACACCCCACCACCUGAAGGCACAACUCAUAUGCGUCAAUUUGAUAAUAUUGUUUGGCCAACAAUGGGUCAGAAAGGGGUAGCUGAUCCUGUGGAUGCUGAUUGUCCUUGGACAGAAAAACAGCUGCAGGAAUUUUACAAUCAAGCUAAUAUUCCUUUUGAUGCUGAACAAGAUCAAAAUCACUAUGAGACUUUUCCCACACAGCAGGAAGCCCCACAUCAAUGUCAGUUUGGCCAAAUUCCAAUUUCGGCAAACACCUACAGUCAGCAGCAGCACUCUACAUCUCAUUCUCCCUUUGUUAAUCAGCUACACAUGCAACAAAAGUUAAUAGCUAAAGGUCCAAAGCUUGCUUUCCCUGAGUUUGAUGGAACUGAUCCUGAUGGCUGGAUUAGGAAAUCUGAAAAAUAUUUUGAGCUGGUGGGAAUUCCAAAUGAACACAGAGUUCAAAUUGCUGUUAUGAUGCUUAGUGACAGGUUUAAUGAGGAGUCUUCUUAUGAAGUGAUUGCCAGGUUUCAUGGUUUAAAGCAUACCACCUCUGUUGAAGACUAUGUUGCCAAGUUUGAAGAAUUGAUGGCAUUAGCUUACAAGAGCCAAUUCAACACCACCUACAAUGUCACAAGCCAACUACAUCGACCAAUGCAAUCUGGUAUGCUAGGAGGCUGGAACAAGCUCAUCCUCCAGUUAGGAAACAGCAACCUUUCGGAGGCAACUUUUAACCACCAAGGGUUUGGACCAAGAAUCCUAAAGAGAAAGAAAGCGUUCAAAACAAUAUUGCUGGACUUAAGGCUGCUGGAAAAUGUUUCAAGUGCAAAGAACCCUGGGUACCUGGCCAUGCAAAAGUUUGUAAAGAAUCUGCCAAUUUCAGAAAUUGACAAGGUUAAGGUGGCAGCAGCCAAUGAUGUCCAAGGUUUUGAUGUGGUUUUGGGAGCUGAUUGGAUAUAUGCUCAUAGUCCAGUUGGCUUGGAUUUAAAAAGAAGGGAGUUCUCAAUAACAGGAGAUGGCAAGGAGAUCACUACAUUUACUGAUGAAAGUGAUUUUCAUGGCUGUCAAUUGAUUAGUAACAGGAAAUUAUGUAAUUUGGUUAAGAAGAAAGCAGUGGGAGCUGUGUUGGUAUUAAACAACACCCAAGAGGAAAGAAGCAAACAUUCAGUAUCAAUUCCAGCAAAAAUUCAAGAGGUUUUGGAGGAAUUUAAGGAUGUUUUCACCGAGCCAAAAGAGCUACCACCACCAAGGGGAGUGGACCAUUCCAUACCCUUGAUUGAUGAGGCCAAAACUAUCAAUCAAAGACCCUACAGACUACCACACCACCAGAAAAAUGCUAUGGAAGAACUCAUCCAGCAUCUAAUGGAAGCUCAUAUGAUCAGACCUAGUGUCAGCCCCUAUUCAUCCCCUGUUAUCUUGGUGAAAAAGAAGGAUAGCACUUGGGGACUAUGUGUGGAUUUUAGGCAACUCAACUCCAAUACAGUCAAAAAUAAAUAUCCAAUACCUAUCAUUGAAGACCUUUUGGAUGAGUUAUUUGGGGCACAAGUUUUCUCUAAAAUUGACUUGAGGUCUGGCUAUCAUCAUAUUAGGAUGAAGGAAUCUGAUAUACAUAAGACUGCAUUCACAACACAUGUUGGUCACUUUGAAUAUUUGGUAAUGCCUUUUGGACUCACAAAUGCUCCAACAACUUUUCAAACAUUGAUGAAUAAUGUGUUGGCAGACUUUUUAAGGAAAUUCGCCUCGGUGUUCUUUGAUGACAUCUUAAAUUAUAGCACUUCCAUGCAAGACCAUGUUGAUCAUUUGAGAGCUGUUCUAGCAGUGUUAAGAGAAAAUAAACUACACGCUAAGUUCUCCAAAUGUACUUUUGCUCAAUCUGAAGUAGAGUACUUGGGACAUGUUAUUAGCAAGGCUGGAGUAGCUACAGACCCUUCAAAGAUAAUCAUUAUUCAAAAGUGGCCCACACCAAAGACUACUACAGAGUUGAGGGCAUUUCUUGGUUUAACUGGAUAUUACAGGAGGUUUAUCCAGGGUUAUGGCAUAAUUUGCAGGCCUUUGUUUGAUGCUUUGAAGAAAAAUGCAUUUGAGUGGACCUCUAAGCAAGAUCAAGCCUUUGCACAAUUGAAGAACAUCAUGUCUAAUCCACCUGUUCUGGCUCUUCCUGAUUUCUCCCAACCUUUUAUCUUGGAAGCUGAUGCUAGUGGCACUGGUAUAGGAGCUGUUUUGAUGCAGAAUGGCAGGCCCCUCUCUUUUCUUAGCAAGACUUUGGGACCUAAAGCUGCAGCCUUGUCCAUAUAUGAAAAGGAAGCAAUGGCUAUUUUGGAGGCUUUAAAAAAAUGGAAGCAUUACUUGGCCAGUACUUCUGUGAUUAUCAGAAAUGAUCAACAAAGCUUAAAGUAUAUUCAUGAGCAAAGAUUACUUGCGGGAAUUCAGCACAAGUUAUUAGUGAAAUUGCUGGGUAACAACUAUAAGAUUGAGUAUAAAAAGGGUAAGGAGAAUAGAGCAGCAGAUGCUUUAUCCAGAGUUGACUUCAAUCCAUCAACCAAUGCCAUCUCUAUGGUCAUACCAGCUUGGGUGGAACAAGUUAUUGCUAUAAGGAUGAUCCUAUUUGCCAGGACUUGAUAACAAAACUGAGUUUGGACAGUGAGGCUGUCCCACACUACUCAUUAACAAGUGGGGUGUUGAGAUAUAAGGGCAAAGCGGUGAUUGGCCAACAUGACUCUUUGAGGACUCAACUAUUGGAAAAUUUUCAUAAGUCAGCCUUGGGAGGUCAUUCAGGUGAAAGGGCUACUUCUUAUCAAAGAUUGAAGCUGGUAUUCUAUUGGCCUAAGCUCCAAAAAGCUGUCAAGGAUUAUGUCAAAGCUUGUCCCAUCUGUCAAAAGAAUAAGAGUGAACACACACACCCUUACCCAGGAUUGUUGGAACAACUCCCAGUCCCAGAUAUGGCUUGGACACACAUAUCAAUGGAUUUCAUUGAAGGCUUACCAAAAUCAAAUGGUAAAGAUGUCAUAUUAGCGGUGGUUGAUAGAUUCACUAUGUACUCCCAUUUUUUACCCUUGAGUCAUCCAUUCAUUGUUACUGACGUCAUUCCCCUAUUAACUGAUAAUGUGUUCAAGUUGCAUGGACCA